AGGUCACAGGCUGGAGGCCAGAGGAGUGAGGAAACGAGUAUCCAUUUAAGCACCCUUCGCCUCGUUAGAAGAUAUGGGAACUUACGCAUAGGAAAUGAAGCGCCGGGAGUGUGUGAGUGCGGUGUGAGUGGGGUGGGGGCGCUCCUCCUACUGCAGGCCUGUCCCACGCAUUCACAGCUAGUAAAACACGCGAAAGCAGGAAGGGUCCAGCACGACUACGGUUCGAUUGUAAAUAUUGCAUGAAGUUGAUGAAGUUUAUGGAUGUAGACGGAGAAUGCGCGCUGUUCUCUGCACGACAGGACUGAGGUCUGAGAGGCGUUCAUAAUAUCUUCCAGCUCUUCUGAACGCGUUGUGAAGCACUUCUACAGACAGGCAAACGUGCUGCGAGGUCUAUAAUGUUGAGCAGUAAGAUGAUUCAGUUGUUGGUGGUUGUGUUGGCUUCACCUGCUGCCUGUAUGGAAGAUAAAGGCAGCACUGGUGACGUUGAGUGUGUGUGCGAGGGGUUUUCAUGCAGUGGUAUCCAGCGCUGUUUUGGCCUGCAAUGUUUCUCCUCACUGUCCUUUGAGAAUGGGACAGCCCUACAGCAAAAAGGGUGCAUUGUGGCUAGUGAAGAAGGGGCAGUACGCUGCAAAAACUCCCAGUCUGUGGACACGCCGGUGUACUGUUGCCAGGAAACAUUGUGUAAUAUAAAUGUUACCGUGGAGAUGCCAAAUACAGGUGGUGAAUUAAAGGCAGCCCCUACAGAGCACGAGUGUAUGUGUGAGGGCCGGUCGUGUGUAACAGGGGACCGCUGUAUGGGUCAGCAGUGUUUCUCCUCUUUGACUCUGAGUGAUGGAAUGCCAGUGUCUCAGAAGGGCUGUUUUAAGGUGUAUGAGCAGGGCAGGAUGACCUGCAAAACUCCUCCAUCACCUGAACAGAUUGUAGAGUGUUGUCAGGCUCAUCUGUGCAACAUGAACCUCACUGUGAGACUUCCUGUACGAGUGGUGGAGGGCCCCAACUAUAGUGUGACAACGCUGACCAUUGUGAUUGUGGCUCCAGUCAUCGUUCUGAUAUUCCUCUCUGCUGUGGCGGUCCUGAUCUUCCGUUGUAUUCUCCUUCGCCAGAUAGAGCAUCUGACCGCUCAUGAUGCCGAGUAUGGCACCAUUGAUGGUCUGAUUGCGUCUAAUGUGGGAGAAAGCACACUCGCGGAUUUGUUGGAUCAUUCCUGUACAUCUGGUAGUGGCUCUGGCCUACCUUUCCUGGUCCAGAGGACAGUAGCCAGACAGAUCACUCUCAGCGAGUGUGUCGGUAAAGGUCGGUAUGGAGAAGUCUGGAGGGGUCAGUGGCAGGGAGAAAGUGUGGCUGUGAAAAUAUUCUCAUCUCGAGAUGAGAAAUCUUGGUUCAGAGAGACAGAAAUCUACAACACUGUCCUACUGCGACACGAGAAUAUUCUGGGCUUCAUUGCAUCAGAUAUGACAUCGCGUAACUCCAGCACUCAGUUGUGGUUAAUCACACAUUUUCAUGAAAUGGGAUCUCUCUACGAUUACCUGCAACUCAGCAUGCUGGAUGCUUCUGCCUGUUUGCGGAUGGCACUGUCCAUUGCCAGCGGCCUGGCUCAUCUGCACGUGGAGAUCUUUGGCACUCAGGGCAAACCAGCCAUCGCUCACAGAGACCUUAAAAGCAAAAAUAUUUUAGUGAACAAAAAUGGCCAGUGCUGCAUCGCAGACCUUGGUCUUGCUGUGAUGCAUUUUCAGGACACAAAUGAGCUGGAUGUAGGGAAUAAUCCUAAAGUUGGGACAAAGCGCUACAUGGCCCCUGAGGUCCUGGAUGACUCCAUUCAAACAGAUUGCUUUGAGUCUUAUAAGCGAGUCGAUAUCUGGGCCUUUGGACUCGUGCUGUGGGAAAUUGCUAGAAGAACAGUUAGUAUUGGUAUUGUUGAAGAUUACAAGCCCCCAUUCCAUGACGUAGUGCCGAGUGACCCAAGCUUUGAGGACAUGAAGAAAGUGAUAUGCACAGACCAACAGAGACCGAACAUCCCAAACAGAUGGUUUUCAGAUCCAACUUUAACAUCAAUCGUUAAACUCAUGAAGGAAUGUUGGUACCAGAACCCAUCAGCCAGACUUACAGCAUUACGCAUCAAAAAGACACUGACAAAAAUUGAUAAUUCUCUGGACAAAGUAAAAGUGGACAUAUGAACUGCUUCCUUAUGGAAGACUCUAAAGGCCUUUUAUCACAUCCAGCAGAUGUCUCAUCUAGAGAACAAACCGGAAAAAGAGAUUAUCCUGAAUUAGUGCUCUUAUAGAGGCACAUCAUAUUUAUUUUGAGUUUACAGCAGGCAUAUUUUGGCAUCCAAAGAUGUUGUAGUGGGCAUUUAAAAGCUGCAGACAGUUUUUUAUAUGGUAGUCACUUUUAGCACAUACCUGUAAGACCUUUCACACAUCUUGUCAUGUUACAACAGCUGGGCAUUUAAAGACACUUUAGUGUUACAGUUUUCUUUUAAAACAGCUUUUUACAUUCCAUAAUAGUGCUAUUAUUUAAAGAAUUUUAACGUUACAAACUUUCAAAUCAGUUCUAGUUCAUAAUACAGCUACACCAUAACAAACAGCAACUCUACAAAAGAAAUAAGGAAUCACUUUAUUUGUGCUGGCUCUUUAUCAUUGCCAUUAUAGUGUAAGUAGACAGUAAACACACUCAGUCAAAUACUCAUAUCUUUCAUUAACGAACAAUGAGUUUUAGGGUUGUACCUCAGUCACUCUCUUGAUGAUGCUCCUGUUGUGUAAAGUAUCAAUUCUGAGAAGUGUUGUAUACCACUGCACAUUUAGCAUCAUACAGAUGUCUUUUGUUUGUUUCAUAUUGUUUGUGAAUACUGAUGCUAAAAGAGUAAAAACAACUUACAAGAUCCAGAAUUCAAAAACAGAUAAAGUGUUUUGUUUAUCAGAUAAUUCAUUACAAUUAUUAAACAGAUGAGAAUGUGGUCUCAAAUGCAAACUUAACCAUAGAAUCUUUAUUUAUAGAGAGACAUUUGCUGGAAAUAAAGCAGUUGAAGUGA